CUUUCUUCCAUUCAUUCAUUUCCUCGUCUGGUUUUCGGACAAUGAUGACGUCAGCGUCAGCUGCUGAUCUUCUCUGCCCCCCUCUCUCAGUCCCUCCGCACCCUUCUUACCGCUACUCCUCCUCCUGCUCUAGUAGCUCCUACAUUCCACUCCUUCAGAAACGGCGUCGCAAUGCUGCAUCUCAGCAUCCUUUUAAGCUGCUCUCUCCCAAUUUCCCCAACCGACGCCGUUCUACUCUCUCUGUUUUCGCCAAGGCCGUCGACUUCAAGGCUCCGUUGACGGAGAGCGUCAGGCCAGACGGAGACGGAGAGCCCAACUCGACGGUGCUCCUCGAUGUCACGGGGAUGAUGUGCGGGGCGUGCGUGUCACGCGUCAAGUCAAUUCUGUCAUCCGAUGACCGUGUUGACUCCGUCGUGGUCAACAUGUUGACCGAGACGGCCGCGAUCAAGUUGAAGAAGGCGGCGGAGCUGCCGGCCGGGGAGGAGUUCGCUGAGAAGCUGACCCAGUGUGGAUUCCCGACGAAGAUGAGGGAGUCGGGGCUGGGAAUUCAAGAGAAGGUGAAGAAAUGGAGAGAGAUGGUGGCCAGGAAAGAGGCUUUGCUUCUGGAAUCGAGAAAUCGGGUGGCGUUUGCUUGGACGCUGGUGGCUUUGUGCUGUGGAGCCCACGCUUCGCACAUAUUGCACUCCCUGGGCAUUCAUGUUGCUCAUGGGUCUGUUUUUGAGGCGUUGCAUAAUUCUUACGUCAAAUGUGGUUUGGCAUUGGGAGCUUUAUUGGGACCUGGACGAGACUUGCUUUUUGAUGGUUUGAGAGCAUUUAGAAAGGGAUCGCCCAAUAUGAACUCUCUUGUUGGUUUUGGAUCUGUUGCUGCAUUUGCCAUUAGCAUGGUCUCACUACUUAACCCUGAACUAGAAUGGGAUGCAUCAUUUUUUGAUGAACCGGUCAUGCUUCUUGGUUUUGUACUAUUGGGACGCUCUUUAGAAGAAAGGGCGAGGAUCAGGGCAUCAAGUGACAUGAACGAGCUACUGUCACUCGUAUCAACUCAAUCUCGCCUUGUGAUUGCUCCCUCUGGAAGUGAGUCUGCUGAUGAUAGUGUGCUCUGCACUGGAGCAAUGUGUAUCGAAGUUCCCACUGAUGACAUCAAAAUUGGAGACUCAGUGCUGGUUUUGCCUGGAGAAACAAUUCCAGUGGAUGGGAAAGUACUUGCAGGGCGAAGUGUUGUGGAUGAAUCCAUGCUCACUGGUGAAUCUCUUCCAGUAUUCAAGGAAAAGGGUCUUCUGGUCUCCGCUGGAACUAUAAAUUGGGAUGGUCCUUUAAGGAUACAGGCAACCACUACAGGUUCUAAUUCAACAAUAACCAAGAUUGUUACCAUGGUUGAAGAUGCGCAGGGCCGUGAAGCACCUAUUCAAAGGCUAGCAGAUUCAAUUGCUGGACCAUUUGUGUACACUGUAAUGACUUUAUCAGCAGCAACAUUUGCUUUUUGGAACUAUAUUGGGACACACGCUUUCCCCGAUGUAUUGCUGAAUGACGUUGCAGGGCCUGAGGGAAAUCCUUUGCUCCUUAGUUUGAAGCUUUCUGUGGAUGUCUUGGUUGUCUCCUGCCCAUGUGCUCUAGGUCUUGCUACACCAACUGCGAUACUAGUUGGCACCUCUCUUGGAGCAAAACAGGGACUUCUUAUUAGAGGAGGAGAUGUGCUGGAGCGCUUGGCUGGCAUUGACCAUAUCACCUUGGACAAAACAGGAACUCUGACAGAAGGUAAACCUGCUGUCUCUGGUGUUGCUUACCUGAGCCAUGGAGAGUCAGAAAUCCUUCGGAUGGCUGCUGCAGUGGAAAAAACAGCCUCUCAUCCGAUUGCAAAAGCUAUUUUAACCAGAGCAGAAUCAUUAAACUUAGAUCUUCCCCCCACACGUGGACAAAUAGCUGAACCUGGUUUUGGGACAUUAGCAGAAGUAGAUGGGCUUCUAGUUGCAGUUGGGACUUUGAGUUGGGUUCAUGAACGUUUCCAGCAGAAAACAGACCCCUCUCAUCUGAAGAUUCUGGAGGAGUCUGUGAUGCGUCAAUCAUCAAUGAACAGUUCAUCAUCAGUUCAUUCAAUAACAGCUGUCUAUGUUGGACGGGAAGGAGAGGGUAUUAUUGGUGCCAUUGGAAUAUCUGACAGUUUACGUAGUGAUGCCAAAUCGACAAUGCUCGGGCUCAAACAGAGGGGAAUAAGAACAGUCCUCCUAUCAGGUGACAGGGAAGAGGCAGUUGCAACUGUAGCCAAGUCAGUUGGCAUAGAAAAUGAAUUUAUCAAUGCAUCCUUGACUCCCCAGCAGAAAUCUGGUGUCAUUUCCAGUCUUCAAGCUUCUGGACACUCUGUCGCAAUGGUUGGCGAUGGCAUCAAUGAUGCACCCUCUCUAGCCCUUGCAGAUGUUGGAAUUGCUUUGCAAAUAGAGAAGCAAGAAAAUGCUGCAUCAAAUGCUGCAUCAAUUAUACUUCUCGGUAACAAACUUUCACAGGUAGCAGAAGCAAUUGACCUUGCACGCGCAACAAUGGCAAAAGUUCAUCAAAAUUUGUCUUGGGCAGUUGCAUACAAUAUUAUUGCAAUCCCCAUUGCAGCGGGUGUAUUACUUCCUAAUUUUGAUUUUGCCAUGACUCCUUCACUUUCAGGUGGGCUGAUGGCUUUGAGCUCAAUAUUUGUCGUCACAAACUCAUUGCUUCUUCAGUUUCAUCGGCCUGACAGGAAAGAAAGAAGGGCAGACGACACUCACAAACCUGUCUAAUUGAUGAACCUUCCUCCUCCCUCUCGCCUAUCUGUUCAAUCAUGAAAUUUGUAAUGUAAUAUCUCGUAUAGCAUGGAAUUGCUUGUUCUGAUUGCAAUCAAAAUGAUCAUAUUCACCCGAGUAAUAUCCGUAUCAAAAUUCCUAUUGUAUACAGUAUUUGGGAUGUUCUCAUCUGUUUUCAUUUCCUUGAAAGUCGUUUGGAGUGAAAGAACUAGUCAAUGCUUCAAUGGUUGGGAGUGAAAAGUGAAAACCCACUAAACUGAAAGCUUGCCUAUUGGUAUAAAAUGCGAAUUUAUACCCUUUAUGUCUCUGAAAAAACAGAAAUAGAAAACAUGAAAGUGCUGUGGAUUGGAAA